GACAUGGAGAAGAUAAACAGAAAAGUGGCACAGCAGCUGCUGACGUUGUGUAUAUCCGAAACAGGCCUAUAAAUGUCUUCGGAAAAUAUACUUUCUGUCAUGUAAUUAAUCUUAUGAGUAUUAAAUUGAACGCCAGUCGCUAACGAAACAACUAAUGGUUGUGACAACAUGGACAGUGACCUGAGUCCACAGGAUAAGAAAGACUUGGACAAGUUUAUUAAGUUUUUUGCCUUAAAGACUGUCCAGGUGAUUGUCCAAGCUCGCCUCGGGGAGAAGAUCUGUACCCGCUCCUCUUCAUCACCCACCGGCUCAGACUGGUUUAAUUUGGCGAUCAAAGACAUCCCAGAGGUCACUCAUGAGGCCAAGAAGGCGCUGGCCGGUCAGCUUCCUGGCAUCGGCCGAUCCAUGUGCGUGGAGAUCUCCCUGAAGACCUCAGAGGGUGACUCUAUGGAAUUAGAAACGUGGUGCCUGGAGAUGAAUGAGAAGUGCGAUAAGGACAUUAAAGUGUCUUACACCGUCUAUAACCGGCUGUCGGUUCUUCUGAAGUCUCUGCUGGCAAUCACCAGGGUAACUCCUGCCUAUAAGCUGUCCAGAAAGCAGGGCCACGAUUACGUCAUAUUAUACAGGAUCUACUUUGGGGAAGUCCAGCUGGGCGGACUAGGAGAAGGUUUCCAGACGGUGCGUGUCGGUGUUGUUGGUACUCCCGUCGGCACGGUCACACUGUCUUGCGCCUACCGCACCAACCUGGCGUUCAUGUCCAGCAGGCAGUUUGAAAGGUCGGCUCCCAUUAUGGGAAUCAUCGUGGAUCACUUCGUGGAUGCUCCCGGCGGCAAUCCGCGCCCCAUUAACAUGGGGCAGCCAUGCAACUACAGAGCCCCAGAUGACGACGACGGAGGAGCGUUGGGAGUCCAGGACUCACAGGAGGUCUGCACCACCUCCUUCUCCACCUCCCCUCCCUCCCAGUGUGUCUGCACACUGAGUCCAUCCCCUUCCAAACUGUCCAAGCCCCUCCCGCUGGACAGUCUUCAGCUCCCAUUGGCUCCAGGACUUGUCGCUCACAAUCUCUAUGCCUCUAGGUUAUCCUACCAACCGGCACCUGCAGGAGGAGCUACAGAGUUCAACACCAACCAGGGUUUACAUGCGGGGAAAGAAGUCGGGAUGGUUCUGGCUCCUGGAGCAGAUGUGCAUCUGACUGUAGAAAACGCCCCCAACACACCCAGCAGCAGUGGCGAUGAGGAGGGCUUGCUGCAGAGCGGCGAGGGGAGGAGCGUCUCUCCGUCGGACCCAGUGGAGUCACUCAACGCGUUCACGAGGAAGGUCGGGGCUUUUGUAAACAAACCCAGCAAUCAGAUAACUGGUGGUUUGGAUCUCCCGUUUGCUGCAUUUGCUCCCCGUGGUCUGGAUUCUGAGGAGAACGAUCCGAUGGUGAAUCCGCCGGACUCUCCUCCCAGCCAGUCCCCCCUGCAGGCCAGUCUCCACUCCCAGGGCUCAGACUGCUCAGGACAGCAGGACGACUUCGUCAUGGUCGACUUUCGUCCAGCUUUCUCUAAAGACGACCUGUUGCCGAUGGAUCUGGGCACCUUCUACAGAGAGUUUCAGAACCCCCCACAGCUGGCCAGCCUCUCUCUUCACACCAGCUCCCAGUCGAUGGCUGACGACCUGGACUCUCUGCCGGAGAAACUGCGCGUCUAUGAGAAAAACAUUGACGAAUUUGACGCUUUUGUGGACAUGCUUCAGUAGGAUGAAUGAAGGAAAACUUGGACUAAAAGUUGAAUUAAUCAGAGGAAUGGAGGGAAAAUCUCUUUGUUGUGAGAAUUAGUUAAAAGCUUUUGUGUCUAAAAACAUCCCACCAGUUCACUUAUAGUCACCUUCACUGUAAAUACUGUAAUAUCUGGAGACACUGGCUCACAUACUUGGCUGUCUGGUGUGCUAGAGGCAAUCUAUGUUGCAUAAAUCUGCUCUGGUAAUGAAACAAUCAAGACUCAGCAGGUUGUAAAGCCCACAUCAUGGAUCUCGCCACCCUUUCUGCAAACUAGUAUAUCAGAUAUAUAACUUGUAACCCUCUAGAAAGAUUCCUGAAGAGUUUUGUGUUCCCAGCUGGUUUUGGGGAGACUUCCACUGUGAUUUUUACCAGAUAGUCCCAGAUGCAUUAGCAGCAGUUUCUCUGAGCUCAUCCCACAUGUUAGACUGCAGAAGCUAAACUAAAUUGAAGGCCCUCACUUUAAAUACAACCGCCCUGAAGCUCUGACUAAUCCCAGCUUGUUGCAUCUGUAAUAAAUGAAUGACUACUGCAACACUUUGAUGUAUAUUGUGUGAAAUAUGUAAAAAGGAGAAAUCAUUUCCAGCUAUCCACAUAAAUUCAAGGCAGAGGUUGGUUUAAAGCUUUAAAGCAUUUUGUCGAUGUCGGAAUAAAGCAUGGCUGCUCUGU